AUGACAUCAGCAUCUAAAUCACUAAAGUUUCACGCAGGUAAAGUGCAAUACAAUGAAGACACGAAUCGAUGCACACCAUUGCCAUAUGAAGGAGUGAUUUCCAUCAAGCCAAGUGCAGAAGAGCCUGAUUUCUUAGAUUUCACAUGGACACCGAAACAGGACCAAACACUGCAGAUUAACGGAACGCAACAGAUGGAAAAAGAUGAGUUAUUGUUAAUUCCCGGAGAUGUGACAAUUAAAACGAUAAAGUCUUGCAAUACUGGACGAGUAUUUGCAUUUACCUUUUUAAGUAGUGGGGCAAAGUAUCUUUAUUGGUUGCAAGAUGUUGGAGAUGUUGAUGAUCUUGGGAAGUUGACCGAAAAGGACAACAAAUUGAUUCAACUGAUAUCGUCCUUGGUUAGCCUUGACGAUGAAGAGGAUGUUGAUAUGAAUGAAGAUAAAGAGGGGGAACAGACAAGUCAAAGUCAACCACAUGAAGGGACUCAACCAACGGCAACAACAACAACAACAACAACAACAGCAGCAGCAGCGCAAUCUGUACAACAAGCUCCAACAGGUCAAUCCCAACCGCAACAACCUCAAUUUAAACUCCCAAUAGGGUCAAUAUCAUCUGUUUUGGACAUAUCUACAAUAGACAACCACUUGGACAAUCUCUCAUUAGAACAGUUGCAGCAAAUGUAUGGUGAAUAUUUACCGCCAUCCAUUGCGCAAAACCCCACCAAGGCCAAGAUUCUCGAUGUUAUAAGAAGUGGAUUUUUCCAACAAAGUGAGCAAAAAUUGAGUAAGCAAUUGCGGGCAAAUGAAGGAGCGGGGCUUUUGUUGGCACAAAGUUUAAAGUAUGAUUAUAAAGGUGAAGGAAUUGAUAAUUUUUUGAAUGGUAUUAGAGAAAUAUCAAAGAAAGAGAAGGAUGAGGAGGAGGAAAAGGAAGGAAAACAAAAGUGA